AUGAACUCUAGGCUUUCCAUGGAUCUUCUGAGCGACGUGUUCCUCUGUGGACCGACGAUGAGGACGACGGCGCCCGAGGAUGAGGCUUCGGACGAUGAGUUUCACAUGGAGUCCUGUUCGCCAGUGGCCAACCGCCGGGAGAGUCCCUUCGUGAUCCGCGAUGGGCAGAGGCGGCUCAGGAGAACCUUCUCCGUGAUGAUGGAGGAGGCACGCGUGAGCAACCUGGUGCAGCAGUUUCAGGCGCCGCGCCAGCGCGAGGCGGACAGUGAGACCUGGAGCCCGAUCCAUGUGGCCGCGCAGCAGGGAGACUCUCGAGCGCUCUGCUUUCUGCUCCUGUGCGGUGCCGAUCCACACGAGACGACGGGAACUGGAAGCUCUGCUUGGGACCUGGCCAUGGCCCACAAUCGCCGCGGCUCGCAUGACGAGGUCAUGGCGAUGUUGGAGUCACGGAGUGAGCCAGGAUGGGAGGAUCGCCUGCUGGCGCAGUGGCGUCAGUGA